CCUUGAAUUCUACAUUCCCGCCUUCAAAAGAUCACGCAACUCAAGUCUCCUCGAAGCGGCUCAUAUCAUAUUCAAAAUUUCGGUUCUUCCAGAGAAUUUCUUAUGCUCUGAGCCUCUCUCGUUCUCAGACUCGGACUCUCAAGAGUGCAUCCAAAAGCUUAGAUAAGCGGAAAUAAACUAGAGAUCGUGAAGAAGAUCGCCACUAUGAAAGCCGAAGACAUGAACCAGUUGCAGUUGGUUGAGCGAGAGGAAAUUGACGACGAAGAGGAACUGUUCGAAGCGAUCGAUAAGCUGAUAUCUCAAGGAAUCAAUUCGGGAGAUGUGAAGAAGCUGCAAGAUGCAGGGAUCUACACCUGCAAUGGCCUGAUGAUGCAUACAAAGAAGCACUUAACCGGGAUCAAGGGCUUGUCUGAGGCUAAGGUUGAUAAGAUAUGUGAAGCUGCAGAAAAGAUAGUGGUUAGUAGUUCCUACAGCAACGAUGAACAAUCUCUUAAGCGUAAGGCAGUUAUCCGCAUCACAACUGGAAGCCAAGCACUUGAUGAACUGUUGGGAGGUGGUGUGGAAACUUCGUGCAUCACGGAAGCCUUUGGAGAGUUCAGGUCUGGGAAGACGCAGCUUGCUCAUACACUCUGUGUGUCCACUCAGCUACCCACCAACAUGAAUGGAGGGAAUGGCAAAGUUGCUUACAUAGAUACUGAAGGGACUUUCCGCCCUGAUAGAAUAGUUCCAAUUGCGGAAAGAUUUGGCAUGGAUCCAGGGGCCGUGCUUGAUAAUAUCAUUUAUGCUCGGGCAUACACUUACGAGCACCAGUACAAUCUGCUCCUUGGUCUGGCAGCAAAAAUGUCUGAAGAACCAUUCAGACUUUUGGUUGUGGACUCUGUGAUUGCUCUUUUCCGAGUGGAUUUCACAGGCAGAGGGGAACUUGCUGAACGACAGCAAAAGCUGGCGCAGAUGCUAUCCAGAUUGACCAAGAUAGCUGAGGAAUUCAAUGUGGCAGUGUAUAUGACCAACCAAGUGAUUGCUGACCCUGGAGGUGGAGUAUUCAUAUCAGACCCCAAGAAACCAGCAGGAGGGCACGUGCUGGCACAUGCUGCCACAAUCAGGUUGAUGUUCAGGAAAGGCAAAGGCGAGCAACGUGUCUGCAAGGUGUUUGACGCCCCCAAUCUUCCCGAGGCUGAAGCAGUAUUUCAGAUAACACCAGGAGGUAUUGCAGAUGCGAAGGACUAAAACCAACCAGAUUAUCUACUUCAUCACGCAGAGAACUAGUAACGUUUGUUUCACAAUCUCCAGCAUUUAACUAGCUGCUCCGCUUGUUUAAUUUGUUACAGUUAUCGCGAUAGGAAUUGGUAUAUUAAGUAUGUAAUACGAUAGAAAGAACUUAUGAUCGUCGUUGCUACUUGUCUCUCUUCCGGCCUUUGGCUUGUUGUUGGCAAAUCCCCUGUACAGGGAAAUAUUUCUUAUUUCAAGAUGAUAUAUUCAGCAGGAGCAGGAAUCUCCCUUUAGUCGAGUUUUGAUCACGAGCAACAUGUACAGGAGCUCCCCCGAUACUAAUACCAGUAGUACAAAGGUGGCAACAUCUCAGAAUAAGCAAAAUUCAAACAAGAUGAUAGCGUCGAAGGCAAUGGGGGAAAAAGGCCCUAUUAAUAACAAAAGCCUUGCCACUCGGGGGGUUAUAGCUCGGUUGGUACUCAGUAGUGCUCGGACCAGUUGUAAGAGCUUCCGACUCGAGGCAUGCCACCGCUCUCUUUCUUAGCAUCUGCAUCCACCUUGAAGUUUGAACCACAGACCUGGCCCGAGCUGUCGACUCUUGGUAUAGGCUUCAACUCAUUCAGCGGGUGCUCAAAGCUCCUCAACCCUCCAGAAGUGGUAAAGAAGCAUCCUUUGGGGAACGGCGCAAAAGAUUUACCACAACCCUUCUUCACAACUUCAGUGUCAUCCGAAAGAACAAGAUGACCUUCAGAAUCAGUUCCCCAGAAGAAGGGUACACUUCCAUCAGCAUCAGAAGCAAACAUUGUGGCCUUGGCAGCGCUGUCAUAGAGCACGAAAGCAAACUUGCCCUGGAUGUCUCUGAUGACUUGGUCCGGAGGGUAUGGCCCACGGUCUCUGAGAGUCCUGUAAGCUUCAAUGACGAUGAUAACCUCAUUCGCAGCUUUGUUUAGCCCGUACUGUUGCUUCAGGACGGCUACAUUCUCAAUGUGGCCUUGGAACAAGCAGAAGAUGUCGUCCACCACCGCGAAUAACCUAGGGACGAGAGGAUUCUGCUUAUGAAGAGAGUAUGCGAUCAACCCAAAAGAGCCGAGAUUGACGAUGACGGAACCAGGGUGAAGGGACUCGAAAUGCUUGGCCAUGAACCCAUCUUUGAGAGCGGAGGCGGCACUACCGGCGGCCGGGCUCUGGAGCUCCGCCGGGGACUUGGCCACGUUCUUAUUGAACACAGCUAACAUUUGAUUCGGGGGACCAAAAUGCGUGCACUGUUUGUUUAUCUGAAAUCGCACCAGAGAUCAAACGAAGAUUUGUGGAGAGAUGGAAACGAAGAGAAGAGAAGAGAAGAGAAGAGAAGGGAAGGGAAGGGGAAAAGGAGUGGUUAGUUAAAUAAG